UAAAGCAGGUCAGAACCUGCUUGUCUGUCUACUCAGUUCAUCCCAAGAAGCAGCUGCUCCAGGACUGAAAGAAGCCGUAGACACCCCCGUCCCACCCCAGGCAGAAAAACUGAGGCCUAGAGGAGGCAGAAAGCCACCCAAGGUCACGUGGCAUGUUAGUGGCAGAAACCCAGCCUGAAACCAGCCGUCUUGAUUCCUGGUCUGGAACAAAGGCGCCAUGCAGCCCCGGGUCCUUCUUGUCGCUGGUCUCCUGGUGCUCCUGGCCUGUGCCCAGGCUAUCGAGGCCGAGGACACCUCCCUUCUGGACAAAAUGCAGGACUAUGUGAAGCAGGCCACCAGGACUGCCCAGGACGCGCUAACCAGCGUGAAGGAGUCCGAGGUGGCCCAGCAGGCCAGGGGCUGGGUAACCGACAGUAUCAGCUCUCUGAAGGACUACUGGAGCACGUUCAAGGGCAAGUUCACCGACUUCUGGGAUUAUACCCCCAAGCCCGAACCGUCUUCCUCCUGAGAUCUUGAUAUCGCCAUCUGUCUGCCCAGCCUUCCUGCCAACAGCCUGGGUCCUGCAGCCUCCCAGGACUGUCCCCAAAAUUCCCUUGAAAGGGACAACAGCCUCGAUGCCCUCCCAUCCCACCCCAGACCUGGCCUUCCAAUAAAGCUGGAUGAGAAACUGCCAUAA